AUGAUUUCUGUGGGAUAAAUGAAAAGUUUUUGAAAUUUUAAAAAUCUUUGAACUCAAAUAUAGAACAUUUUUCUGAAUAUAAAAUAAUUAAAGCAUAAAUACUGAUUAAUUUAACUUAAGUUGAAAAGCUUAUUUCUACUGAGAAUUCUAAAAUUGAAAAGGAUUUCAAGACUAAGGUUCAUUAAGUUAGGAAUAUAAUAUAAUUCAAAUACAUGUUCAUCUAACUUAUUAAACUAUCAUAAAUGCCAAAUAAGAAUAAAGAUUUUAAGAACAAACUAUUGAAAAAUUAAGUAUGAACUAAUUUAUAUAAAAUAUAAAUAUACCUUAAAGUAAAAUUUAUUUGAUAAUUUUGUAACACUUAAAUAUUCAUAUUAAGAUCGAAAUUUGA